GGCGGCGCGCGCGACGCGAGGACCCAGGCUCCCUCCUCUGGGGGGCGGGCACGCGGAAGGCGCUGGUGACUGAGCGACUGGCGGGGCCGGCGGGGACCGGAGCUCCGGGCUCGGGGGCUUCCCGGCUGCACCAGGCGGAUCCCCAGGCUCGGGGAGUCAGAGAGGUCUCCCCGGGCCCCCUGCCCGCAGCCGCCAUGGCGGAGAAUUGGAAGAACUGCUUUGAGGAGGAGCUCAUCUGCCCCAUCUGCCUGCACGUCUUCGUGGAACCCGUGCAGCUGCCGUGCAAACAUAACUUCUGCCGGGGCUGCAUCGGGGAGGCCUGGGCCAAGGACAGUGGCCUGGUGCGCUGCCCGGAGUGCAACCAGGCCUACAACCAGAAGCCGGGCCUGGAGAAGAACCUGAAGCUCACCAACAUCGUGGAGAAGUUCAACGCCCUGCACGUGGAGAAGCCGCCGACCGCCCUGCACUGCGUGUUCUGCCGCCGCGGCCCCCCGCUGCCGGCGCAGAAGGUCUGCCUACGGUGUGAGGCGCCCUGCUGCCAGUCCCACGUGCAGACGCACCUGCAGCAGCCCUCCACCGCCCGCGGGCACCUCCUGGUGGAGGCGGACGACGUGCGGGCCUGGAGCUGCCCGCAGCACAACGCCUACCGCCUGUAUCACUGCGAGGCCGAGCAGGUGGCCGUGUGCCAGUACUGCUGCUACUACAGCGGCGCGCAUCAGGGACACUCGGUGUGCGACGUGGAGAUCCGGAGAAAUGAGAUACGGAAGAUGCUGAUGAAGCAGCAGGAGCGGCUGGAGGAGCGAGAGCAAGACAUCGAGGACCAGCUGUACAAGCUCGAGUCAGACAAGCGCCUCGUAGAGGAGAAAGUGAGCCAGCUGAAGGAGGAGGUGAGGCUGCAGUACGAGAAGCUGCACCAGCUGCUGGACGAGGACCUGCGGCAGACAGUGGAGGUCCUGGACAAGGCGCAAGCCAAGUUCUGCAGCGAGAACGCGGCGCAGGCGCUGCACCUUGGGGAACGCAUGCAGGAGGCCAAGAAGCUGCUGGGCUCCCUGCAGCUGCUCUUCGACAAGACUGAGGAUGUCAGCUUCAUGAAGAACACCAAGUCUGUGAAGAUCUUAAUGGACAGGACCCAGACCUGCACGGGCAGCAGCCUUUCUCCCCCUAAGAUCGGCCACCUGAACUCCAAGCUCUUCCUGAACGAGGUGGCCAAGAAGGAGAAGCAGUUGCGGAAGAUGCUAGAAGGUCCCUUCAGCACGCCGGUGCCCUUCCUGCAGUGCGUCCCCCUCUACCCGUGCGGCGUGAACAGCUCUGGGGCAGAGAAGCGCAAGCACUCUACAGCCUUCCCGGAGGCCAGCUUCCUGGAAACGUCAUCGGGCCCUGUGGGCAGCCAGUAUGGGGCAGCAGCGGGCACAGCCAGCAGCGAGGGCCAGUCCGGGCAACCCCUGGGGCCCUGCAGCUCCACACAGCACUUGGUGGCCCUGCCAGGUGGUGCCCAGCCAGUCCACUCGAGCCCUGUGUUUCCCCCGUCGCAGUACCCCAAUGGCUCUGCCACCCAGCAGCCCAUGCUUCCCCAGUAUGGCGGCCGCAAGAUCCUCGUCUGUUCCGUGGACAACUGUUACUGUUCUUCCGUGGCCAACCAUGGUGGCCACCAGCCGUACCCCCGCUCCGGCCACUUCCCCUGGACAGUGCCCUCACAGGAGUACUCCCACCCACUCCCACCCACACCCUCCGUCCCUCAGUCCCUUCCUGGCCUGGCAGUCAGAGACUGGCUCGACGCGUCCCAGCAGCCUGGUCACCAGGAUUUCUACAGGGUGUAUGGGCAGCCGUCCACCAAACACUAUGUGACGAGCUAACGCCAAGCAGGCAGUGGACGCUGGGGACCCUUCCCCCAGCCCCGGUGGCUCGGGAGUUAUGCACCCAGAGACCUGCCCUUCUUUCUAGCCUCCUCUCUCCCCUUUUCUUCCUCCAUUCCUCCAAAAUCUUUAUGGAUUUUCUUUUAUUUAGGACCUUGUUUUGAUUUUCUUUUUUUUUUUUUUUUUUUUUUUUAAUUAUGCAUCUCCUGGAUGAGGAGGUGACAGUGGGAACUGGCCUGGGCAGAGGCUGCAGGUGGCCCUGGUUGGAACAGUGUCUUCACUCAAGUCACUGACUUCUCUAUCUUUCCUUUUUCUUAAUCCCACUUUCUCCCCUUCACACCUCCCAUGGCUAGAAGCAGCCUUGGGGUACCAACUCGCCUCACUUACCCCGGGAGAUGGCCCAGUGCCCACUGGCCUGUUUCUCCUCCCUCCAGUUUUUCGUCUGGGCAGUUUGAUCACUGAUGGAGUAAAGAAUGAUGUAUAGAUUGUG